GCUGUUUAUAAAACUCAGCCCAGUUCGUGACUCGUCAAAACAGAGAACGACAUGGACCCUUGGACAGUUGCCACCGUGGUAGGAGGUGCAGUAGGUGCUGUGGUCGCAGCUCCUGUUGUUCUGGGAGCCGUAGGUUUCACCUCAGCUGGAAUAGCAGCAGGCUCCUAUGCUGCUGGCAUGAUGUCGGCUGCUGCAGUCGCUAACGGAGGAGCAGUGGCAGCAGGAGGGAUAGUGGCUGCUUUGCAGUCAGCAGUAGGUGCUGCGGUCGCAACUCCUGUUGUUCUGGGAGUAGUAGGAGCCAUAGGUUUCACCUCAGCUGGAAUAGCAGCAGGCUCCUAUGCUGCCGGCAUGAUGUCGGCUGCUGCAGUCGCUAACGGAGGAGGAGCGGCAGAGAAGUACAGUGGCUGCUUUGCAGGCAGAGCAGCUGGUCUGUCAGGAGCUGCCACUGCAGCUAUGACUGGAGCUGGAGCAGCAGCUGGCGCAGCAGUGGGAUGGCUGGCUGCCAUAAUUAUCUAAAAAAUCAAGACUGAACAAGAUGAAGAUUUUUACUUUUGCCAAGUGAAGGAGGCAACUGCAAAUUAGGCUAUAUUAGUUCACCUAACAGAACUUUUGCGUUGUGCAAUAAAUCGGUUUUGUUUGUAAUAAAUUG